CUCACACCCAUUCAAGACAGCGGCCCGAGCCCACCCCACCCCACCCUCCCUCCCUUCCUCGCUCGGAGGCUUCAGGGGCCCCGAUCCUAGCUGCGGUGCUUUGGUCACCGGGGGAGUGUUUACACAGUCAGUCCUACAAGCUGAAAAGUGCCAUCGGUGAAACGGCCAUCCUAUGGUUUUGUUCAAAGGAUGUUCCCCCAAAACCGGCCCCCGGCUCACCUACAGGCACCACCCGUUGUCACUGCAGCUGCUGCUUCCAGUGUAGUCUCAACGGCCCCCCAGUCCUUGAAGCUGAGUUACCCGGAGAUCUUGGACCGCAUCAAGGAAGAAUUUCAGUUCUUGCAAAACCAAUACCACAGCUUGAAGCUGGAAUGUGAGAAACUCGCUACAGAAAAGACAGAAAUCCAGAGACAUUAUGUCAUGUACUAUGAAAUGUCCUACGGAUUGAACAUUGAAAUGCACAAACAGACAGAGAUUGCCAAGCGCCUCAACGUCAUUUGCGCUCAGCUCAUCCCCUUCUUGUCCCAGGAGCAUCAACAGCAGGUGGUCCAGGCGGUGGAACGUGCAAAGCAGGUGACUAUGGCAGAACUGAACGUGGCGAUUGGGCACCAGUUCCAAGCACAGCACCUCUCGCACCAUGCACCACCCAUCCCGCUCACCCCUCACCCUUCUGGUGUGCAGUCGGCAAGUUUGGCCACCCUCGGCAGUGCCUCUGGCCUGCUGGCACUAUCCGGAGCGCUGGGCGCGCAAGCUCAGCUUCUCGCAAAGGACGACAGAGGGCUGCUCGACGCGGACCACAGAGAGAGAGACCCGGGUCCCAGUUCUUUAGCCCUGUCAAACGGAGAACGGAUGCGGGCCAUUUCAGAGUACCUGAACAGCAGCAAAAAGAGGAAAGCCGAAGAAAAGGAAUAUGGCACAGACUACGGCAGCGAUGGCGACAAGAGUGAAGAGAACCUUGUGGUUGAUGAACUUUGUGACCCCUCUUCCCCCCACAGCGUCCACUCCUUCUCCUCUCGGGAAAACGGAGUGGACAAAUCCGCCCUGCAGAGGAAAGAGACGGUGCAACUGAGCCCUGCUUCCAGUGGCUCCUCCCCAGGCCAGAUUGCCAAGGAUGCCGUUGUGGUAGAGAAAGCGGGCACCCCUGGUUUGAAGUCCAGCACCCCGACUUCACAAGGCGAAGGGACGGCCGCAGGAUCUUCCAGUAGCAACAGCAGCACUCCACAGCUCCGUCCGGGGGUCGCAAAGCAGACAGUGGAAUCACUCGCCUUGAGCCUGCGGAGCCCACUCACCGUCCAGAGCUCCUAUCAAGCCGCCUUCAACGUAGCGCACACGUCCGUCAACGGUGACAUGGCAAGCGCCGGGGCCUACGCCGGACUGCAUCUAGUGACCCCCCAGCUCAACGGGGCAGCGGUCAUCGGGGCCGCUGGUUACGGGCGAUCCCCUCUGGUUGCCUAUGAUCCUCACUCCCAUUUGCGGGUCCCAGGGCUGUCAACGGGCAUGUCUUCUGCAAAGCCAGCAUACUCCUUCCACGUCAGUGCCGACGGGCAAAUGCAGCCGGUCCCCUUCCCGCCCGACGCCCUCAUUGGCUCCGGCAUCCCACGCCACGCCCGCCAGCUCCACACGCUGACCCACGGCGAGGUGGUCUGCGCCGUCACCAUCAGCAACUCCACCCAACACGUCUACACAGGAGGGAAAGGCUGCGUGAAAGUCUGGGAUGUGGGGCAGCCGGGCACCAAGACCCCCGUGGCACAGCUUGAUUGUCUGAACCGUGAGAACUACAUUCGGUCGUGCAAACUCCUCCCUGACAGCCGCAGCCUGAUCGUUGGUGGGGAGGCCAGCACCCUCUCCAUCUGGGACCUGGCUGCUCCAACCCCCCGGAUCAAGGCAGAACUCACCUCUUCGGCCCCAGCUUGCUACGCAUUGGCCAUCAGCCCUGACGCCAAGGUCUGCUUCUCCUGCUGCAGCGAUGGCAACAUUGUGGUCUGGGAUCUGCAGAACCAGACGCUCGUUAGGCAAUUCCAGGGUCACACAGAUGGCGCAAGUUGCAUUGACAUCUCAAACGACGGCACGAAACUCUGGACGGGGGGGUUGGACAACACAGUCCGAUGCUGGGACCUGCGGGAGGGACGACAGCUUCAGCAGCACGACUUCACUUCGCAGAUUUUUUCCUUGGGUUACUGCCCCACGGGUGAGUGGCUGGCGGUCGGAAUGGAGAGCAGCCACGUCGAGAUCCUCCACGUGACCAAGCCAGAGAAGUACCAGCUUCACCUCCACGAGAGCUGCGUCCUCUCCCUCAAGUUCGCCUCCUGCGGGAAAUGGUUCGUAAGUACCGGAAAGGACAACUUGUUGAACGCCUGGAGAACACCCUAUGGAGCCAGUAUAUUCCAGUCGAAGGAGUCUUCCUCCGUCCUCAGCUGCGACGUUUCCACCGACGACCAAUUCAUUGUCACCGGCUCCGGGGACAAGAAGGCCUCCGUUUACGAAGUCAUGUACUGAGAGGCAAGCCAAGCUCCUCGUUGCAAACACCUGGGAGGAGGGGCAGAGGAGCCCCCUUCCCCAUUUUUUCCCCCAGCCAAAGAAUACACUUGCAAAACGAACUUAGACCGGAGGGAGGAGGAUGUGGUUAGACGGACCCCUUUGAUCUCCAGCUAAGCACCUCCCUUUUUUGCAUACUUGGGGUGGGAGGGUGGAGAGAUGCUAAUUUCAGAAAAAAGGACUCUGCUGCUGUUUUAUAUUCCCCCCCCUCUAAUUUUUUUUCAGUCUUUCUCCUUAAUUGUAUGUGUUGAAAUCUUGGAAUUGUUUCUUGUGUCUUUUAAUUUUUUGAAAUUUUAAAUAAAAAGGGGAGGGAGAUGUU